AUGUCCGUGCGCCCGUCGCCGACGCCUUCGCCGCCGGACUCGGCGCACCCACUGCACGCCGCCGCACGCGCCGCGCAGCCGCCCAGCAGCACGCUCUCGCGGCGGCGGCGUGCCGGCGAGGCUGCCGCGGCCGACGAAGGCACUGCCCUGCUGCGCCCGCCGCGCGGCGCGCCCGUCGAUGAGCAGCACAAGGGCCACGCCACGCCGCCCGCCGCCACGGCCCUCGAGCGCCUCGAGACGCUCUUCGGUCUCUCGCCGCAGCCCGACGCGGGCGCCGCCUUUCCUGCCUCGGCCCUCGCCUCCUCCUCUCGCACGCCCGAGGCGGCGCCGGCGCCCGCGAGCCGGCUGGUGCUGCAGCACGCCGUCGGCCCGUCCGACACGCUCGCCGCCAUCGCCCUGCGCUACGGCGUCGAGGAGCGCCUCGUGCGCGCCUCCAACGGCCUCUGGCCCGGCGACAGCGUGCAGGCGCGCCGCGUCAUUCUCCUGCCGCUCGAGGCGUGCACGCGCGGCGUGCCCGACGCUGCGCGCGCCGAGGCCGGGAGCAGCAGCAGCGGCAGCGGGGCCGCCGACGGGCAGAGUCUGACGCCGCAGCUGCGUCUGCUCGACGCCGCCGCAGCGCAAGAGGCACGCGUCUCGGCCGCCGAGGCCGAGGCGUCCGAGUCGGCACACCACGCCCCACAGCGCUCCCUCUCGACGCGCGCCAGCUCCACGUCGCUCUCGCUGGCGCGCUCGCAUGCACACACGCGCAGCGUCGGCACCGGCGACGGCGGCAACUCUCCCGCGCCGCGCGUGCGGAGGCUCAAGAGCUCGGCGCUGAGCUUCUUUCCUCCUGGAGGCGCACGCACGCGCGGAGAGGACGAGGCGGACGAGGCACAUGCGAAGGAGGAGGAGCGCGUGGCGCCGGGCGAGAGCGGCGUCGACGAUCUCAUCCAGCUGGCCGAGCGCGCUCGCCUGAGGCAAGAUGUGGCGCCGGGAACAAACGGCCACUCGGCGCCGGCGGUGAAUGCGCUGCCGCUGAACCGCAGCCCGGCCGUCUCGGCGCGCGAACUCGACGACGACGACGAGGAGACGCCGUGGAAGGCGAAUCGCUGGCGCUUUGGCAAUGCCUCUUCUUCCUCGUCGUCGGGCAACCGGCCCGCUCCGACAUCGACGCCGUCUGCAUCAAGCUCGUCUGGCUAUCUCGGCUGGAACGACGCGCCGGAGAUCGCGCCCUCCAGCAACAGUGCCUCGCGAGCCGCGCGCAACGCUCGAGCCCGACGACCAGCUGCCACCGCCUAUGUCGUGCCUGCGACUGCUGGCAGCAGCAGCAGCAGCGGGCUCUUCGGCCAGAUCGCCGCCGGGCUGCCCGCCAACGACGGCGCCGCGGCCAACUGGCAGCGCCCCAUCCACGCCUCGGUGCCGCUGCCUGCCGCCGCCGCCGCCGCCUCGGCGCGCGCGGCGGGGCAGAAGCGCAGCGACUGGGGCGCCCUCGUCUCCGACGCCAUCCGCGGGCGCGUCAGCCUGGAAGACGCCUGGUCAAGCUUGUCUGCUCCCUCGCGUCCGCCGCCGCCGGCACGAGCGACGUCGGCGCAAAGUGGCACCUCCACGGCUCCGCCUCUGCGACUGCGCCCGCCAGAUGCCGCACCCUCAGACGCCGCCGCGGCACGCAAGAGCCUCUCGCGCGCGGCGGGCGCCGAAGUGCGAGAGGCACUGCGCGCCGACAGCGCCGAGCUGGAACGCCUGCAGCCUCCUCCAGCGGCGAACAGUCUGCGCGGCAGCAGCGGGAGAGGAGGAGAGAUGGGCCGAAGGAGAGGCAUUGUGGAUGUGGACUGGACGUCGUGA